AUGGACAGCAUGCGUUUCUCCGGGAGCCCCGGCGCGGGGCCCGCGUGCAACUCCAGCCCAUGGUGGCCUCUGGCCGCCAGCGGUGCCAACACCAGCGCGGAAGCGGAGGCGCUCGGGAAAGACGACAGCCCGCUGGCGGACGAGCGCAACGAGGAGCUGGCCAAGCUGGAGAUCGCCGUGCUGGCCGUGAUUUUCGUGGUGGCCGUGCUGGGUAACAGCAGUGUGCUGCUGGCGCUGCACCGCACACCUCGCAAGACGGCCCGCAUGCACCUCUUCAUCCGCCACCUCAGCCUGGCCGACCUGGCCGUCGCUCUCUUCCAGGUGCUGCCUCAGCUGUGCUGGGACAUCACCUACCGUUUCCGCGGACCCGACGGGCUCUGCCGCGUGGUGAAGCACCUGCAGGUGUUCGCCAUGUUCGCAUCGGCUUACAUGCUGGUGGUCAUGACCGCCGACCGCUACAUCGCCGUGUGCCACCCGCUGAAGACGCUGCAGCAGCCGGCACGCCGCUCGCGCCUCAUGAUCGCCGCCGCUUGGGUGCUGAGCUUCGUGCUGAGCACUCCACAGUACUUCGUCUUCUCCGUGGUCGAAGUGAGCAACGUCACCAAGGCCCACGACUGCUGGGCCAACUUCAUCCAGCCCUGGGGUCUCCCCGCCUACGUGACCUGGAUGACCGGCAGCAUCUUCGUGGCGCCCGUGCUCAGCCUGGGCACCUGCUACGGCUUCAUCUGCUACCACAUCUGGCGCAACGUCCGCGGAAAGACUGCGGUGCGCCAGGGCAAGGGCGCCCGCGCGGAGGGCGCAGAUGGCGCCUUCCACCAGGGGCUCCUGAUCGCGCCGUGUGUCAGCAGCGUGAAGACAAUUUCCCGCGCCAAGAUCCGCACGGUGAAGAUGACCUUCGUGAUCGUGACGGCUUACAUCGUUUGCUGGGCGCCCUUCUUCCUCAUCCAGAUGUGGUCUGUCUGGGAUAAGAAUUUCCCCUGGGUCGAGUCGGAAAACCCGGCCACCACCAUCACUGCAUUACUGGCUUCCUUGAAUAGUUGCUGCAAUCCCUGGAUAUACAUGUUUUUUAGUGGCCAUCUCCUGCAAGACUGUAUCCAAAGCUUCCCAUGCUGCCAAAAUAUGAAGCAAACAUUCAACAAAGAAGAUUCUGACAGUAUGAGCCGGAAACAGACUUCCUUCACUAACAACCGAAGCCCCACAUACAGGACAGGCGCGUGGAAGGACUCAGCUAAAUCUUCCAAGUUCAUCCAAUUCAUUCCUGUUUCAUCCUGA